AACAUCUGGCCUACUUUCCCGAUGAACUCGCGUUCAAAAAAUAACAGUUUGCUCGGAAAUGGUACCCUUUAGGAAGAAGAAACAAGGGAUAUAUCUCGGUAAUCCCCACACACACCGGCCAACCGUACAAGCCGCACUGUGUCAGUUGAAAUGAACGGCUUCGCUUGAUUGAAACUAAUGGAGUGGGACUGCGGCUCAUUCCGCAAGGCCACACAGAACUAAAGGAGAGCACGCAAGAAUCCAAGCAGAACUGCGUCUCUCACGGAGGGAGCCUGGUGCACCACUGUGAAGGAGCCAACACAGGAGUGAGCACAGGAAUCCUGGCUGACUUACAAAUAGCCAACCCCUGGUGUAAAGAAGCCAGUGGUGUCCUGCCACUGCAAACAACCAGUCAAAGAACAGGCAUCCGUUUGAUAUGUCCCUCAGAACUGCAGCUGUUCUCAGAUCAGUGGACCAGUUCCACCCGUCAGCUCAAGAGCCAGAGCUUCAGCACACCUUUGGUCGAAGAUUACAACUUAGCAAGGGUCACGAGUCCAUAAAACGUCUAUUCUUCUCUCGCGCUCGGACCGAUUCCCUCGUUGUUGGCGAGCAGGACUGUGGGGAGGUCCGCCGCGUUUUGACGGUGGCGCGUUCUCCUGGCGCGUGUCACUUCCUUCGCCGCGCUCGAGGCUUGGCGGGUGUUUUCCACGUGGGGGUCUCCACUUUGCGCAGGGAGUUCCUGGGACAAACCGAUCUCGUCAUGGAUCCCAUCACCUUCUACUUCCUGGCAAAUAUGUUGGUUCUAAUUUUGGAACAAGAAGGUUACUCUCUCUCCGUAGUUUCGGAUAGCGCCGCGUCGGACGAGGCCUCGCCGGCGGAGCCUGGCGGCGGAAGAGCGGCCCGUCGGGAGAAACGGUGCUCCUGUGAGAACCUGAAGGACAGGGAGUGCGUGUACUUCUGCCACAUCGGCAUCGUCUGGGUUAACACGCCUCGCCAGGUGGUACCAUAUGGGGUGGGCUCGCUCCCUGUCCGACUGAGAAGAGAUGUUGGGAAAUGUGUUUGCACAGACAACAGUGAUUCUGGAUGCCUUCAGUUCUGCAAAGCAUCACAUGUCCUAAAGAAACAAGUGGGAAUUACAACCUUCCAGAGAAUGCUUCCUUCCAAGUCACAGGAGAAAUAUGAGUGGAAUCUGAGUGAAAUGGAAAGGAAACGCAGCCUCCAUACAAAAGAUCUGAAGAAGAGCUGAAAGACUGAGUAAUUCAGGGGAGAGAUCCAGUUUGUGAUGCAUUGGAGAAAUGGUUAAUCUGAGCACAGUAAAUUAAGAAAGAUGGAAACGUGGCUCGAAAGGGAAACUGACAUUGGCAGCUCAUCAGUGACACCAGCAAACACCUCUUCUUAGGAAGACCGUUCACAAGUCAGAAUGGUGAGAACAAUCCAUCAUCUGAUGUAUGAGAUUCUGCAAGAAUCCAGAAAACGCCCUUCACCUGCAACAUGGUCCGUUCUUUUAAAAAAACAUAUGUAUAUCUUUAUAAGAACAUUUAACAUUUAGCCAUUAACAGGGAAAUUGAACAAAUUACAUUUGCGUUUAAUUGUAUAUGCUGGUAUAUUUUGUUUUAAAUGUCAUUUCCCUGAAAAAUAUUAAACUAAUUUACUGACCUUUUCACAAAAAUGUGAAAUUUCUUGAUAAAAAUCUCAAUUCGCACGAUAAUGGAGAAGCUCAA